UUUGUGUGUGUUUUUUUUUUUUUAAAUCUCUGUUUAAACAUUAUUAUUUUAAUAAUAUUUUUAUAUAAAGUAAGUUAUUUUUCUGCGAUGGCGGAUCAGAGCUAUUACUCUCCAAGCUUUAAGAAGCCGUGUGAUAUCCUCCGCAUGAGGAGGCGAAAGCGGGCGCGGAGUGAAGCGGAGAGUCGGAGCGGCGCUACCGCAGAGAUCCGCCCGUUCAUUCCCGGACCUCAGCUCGGCGCCCAGGCUCGAACAGGCGGCGGCGGCGGAGUGAAGCGCAGGAACCCGUUCGCUAGCAUCGAGAACACGUACAGCAGCCCGAGGAAGAAGAGGAGCUGCGAGGAACCCGUGUCGGAGUGCGGAGGCUCUCUCACCGCCGUGUGUGAGGGAGAAAAACCCCGGGAGAGGAACACUGAGGGUCCGGCAUCGCUCAGAGAAAUCCUCCUCAUCAGCGACUCUCACACACAGCGUCCAGAGGAAGCGGUUUCUCUCUCUGAGGAUCUCUCUUUAUUUGACGAGGAUGCGUUCGAGCCAGAAAAAUCCACCCCUAUCCUGAAGAGUCCAGGGGCUCCUGAUCUUCGCAGCGAGUCCCCUCCGGAAGUGUGUAGAGAAUAUCCAGCAGACUGGAGUCUGAAGACCCGAGUGCUCGUCACCUCGCCACAGUCUUUCUCCUGGGCCGAGCAUCUAAAAGCUCAAGAGGAAGCUCAGGGCCUGAGCCUGCACUGCAGGGCGGAGUACACGCCUCUGCCACAGAAUAUCCAGGACCCUCGCAGUUGUGCAGAACUGCGCUGUGGUUUCCAGCAGUGUCUGCAGUAUUGGCAGCAUCCUUCUCUUCCCUGGCUCUCUCUGUUCCCCAGGAUCGGAGCCAAGAGCAGUUUCACUGGCAAGAGCACACCAUGGGCCCAGGAUACCACCGUACAGCAGAGUCUGAUGAGUGAAUGGUCGGUGAGCUUGACGUCUCUGUACAGUCUCCUAAAGGCCAAACUCUGUCCAUACUUUUACCUUUGCUCCUACCAGUUCACUGUGCUGUUCAGAGCAGCAGGACUGAGUGGAGCUAAAGGCAUCACUGCACUCCUUUCCCCAACCACCAGGGGCCUGCGCGAAGCCAUGAAAGCUGAUGGGAUAGAGUUCUCACUACCUCUAGUGGAAGAGAAAAAGAAGAACAGAGAAAGCAGCUCCUCACAACUCAAUGACAAAUCUCAACUGACUGACGGAGAUGAACAGUGCAGUGAUCUGACAUCAGAGUCCAAUGAUAAGGAAGAUGAGGAGCAUGAGGAGGAAGAGGAGGAUGAUGAGGAAUGUUUCUCCUGGCUGAAAGAGAUGGGGGUGCAAGACAAGAUCAAGAAACCUGACACUAUCUCAAUCAAACUGCGUAAAGAGCACAACGAGGUACGACUGGACCACAGGCCUGAAUCAGUGGUUCUGGUGGAGGGCUCAAAUACCUUCACCUUGAUCAACUUCCUAAUCAACUGCAAGAGCCUGGUGGCCGCAGCUGGUCCUCAGGCAGGGUUGCCCCCUACACUGCUCGCCCCAACAGCGUUCAGAGGAGCUACACUGCACACGAUGAAGGCACGAAGUGUCAAUGUGAAGACCCAAGUGAGGACGGGGUAUCAGGAUGUGUGCAGUCUGGAGGUCACCGGCCCGAUAAUGCCUCAUGCACUACACACACUUACACAGCUGUUGAGACCGGCACAGAGAGGAGGCUUCUCUAUGACACUCUACACACACGAGCCCAGUGCUGUUCUCAAUGUACCGGUCACCAAGUCAGCUGACUCUGACACAGCGAGUAACGUGUCGGAGGAGUUGAGCCGCUGUGGUUUGCAGCAACACACAGUGCAGCAGCUGAUGGAGCAAGCGACGCUGGGCAAGAGCGCACUGCGACACCUCGACAUGAGGGACUAUUCAUACAGUUGGAGGUCCUGAGCACUUCCUGCAUCACCACAGCUCGCCUCCAUGUGCUCUACAGACUCGGCGUAAAACCUCACAGCCACAGAAACAGGCAGAGUUAGUUUACAGCACAUACACAACCCAUGGACCUCUUUAACCUGUGCAAUGUUUCUUCACAAAAAGGAAGUCUGUUACUGCCGCUUCAUAAUUCUGAAGGUGGAUUGUUUUAACCUGGUGUGUUUGUGUGUUAGUUUAAGUUUUAAAUAUGAUUGUGUGUUGGUGUUUUAUUCAGCACCGGAUUUCUUGUAAAUUUCCACUUAUGAUCUUUUUACCAACAUGCAUACGUUUAUGAUUCUAGAUGAAAAAGCAGUUUUAUUUAAUGAUUUGUUCUUUUAAUUUUAACCUUGUAAAAGGCAUUGUAUUUUAUGUAUAUUAAAUUAACUGGGUUUUAUGUG